AUGUCUCUGCCGGGCUUAGAGCUCACCCAACCCUCCGAGGACCGGCAAUAUACUGUCGCCCCGCCAUCGCAGAUCGCUCUGAACCCGGGCUCGGAGUGGAGAUUUGAGGUCGCGUUCGGUCACAUCGUCAAAGUCAAGCUUCUCAAUGGAACCGCUGAACUCUUCGGCACUGAACUCGCCGAAUCGCAAACGUACACAUUCACUGGCACCAAAGCCGCAAUCUUCACAUGGCACGGCUGCGAAUUGGAAAUUAGCGCCGGGGAAACUGUAACAACUACCACGGUAGAUGGAUCCACGUCCGCGGCGGGCCACGGCGCAGGCGGGUGUCAGAGUGAAUACACGUCCGAUGAAACGCCUAUGAUGGAGUAUGCCAACUUGCAUUUUGCGCUGGAGUCAAUACGAGAGGAAUCACAAGGAUCGGGCAAGGAUGGACCUCGUGUGCUGUUGUUAGGUCCCGAGAACGCGGGCAAGACCAGCUUGUCCAAGAUCCUCACCGCGUAUGCGACAAAGCUUGGGGGACAGCCACUGGUGGUGAAUUUGGAUCCGACUGAAGGCAUGCUCAGUGUUCCUGGUACACUGACCGCCACGGCUUUCCGCACAAUGCUGGAUGUCGAGAACGGUUGGGGUAGUAGCCCCAUGUCUGGGCCUAGUCCUGUGCCUGUGAAACUGCCCCUUGUCUACAGCUAUCCAUUGCCCAGUCCCCUUGACGCUGAGGGCUCAGUCUAUCGGCCCAUUGUGUCGCGAUUGGCGUUGCAGGUCACAGAACGCAUGGCCAAAGACGAAGAUGUCCGUCGAACAGGAAUCAUCGUCGAUACUCCCGGAGUGCUUAGCUCGGGCAAGCCUGGCAGCCUGGAGUUGAUCAAUCAUAUCGUCACUGAAUUUGCCAUUACUACUAUCGUUGUUCUGGGCUCAGAACGCCUGUACAGCAACAUCGUUAAGCAAUACGACAACAAGCCCAGCGCAAGUGCUGCCGCUGCCGUUUUUGAUGAGCGGAUUUCUGUUGUGAAGCUAUCCAAGUCCGGAGGCUGCGUGGACCGCGACGCGGCUUUCCUCAAGAAGACACGCGAGUCCCAGAUCAGAUCUUAUUUCUUCGGAAAUUCCGCUCCCUCAAAUGCACUAACGACCGCCAUCACAUUAUCUCCCUCUACCCUGCAAGUCGACUUUGCAUCUCUGACGGUGUACAACUAUACCGUUACUUCUACAGAAGACGAAGAUGAAGACGACUACGACCCCUCCCAGCUCAGCACGGGAGAUUCUUUCCUCCCUGGCGGAGGUGUUGAUGAUUACUCCCUGCCCAAACAAGAACCAGACCGCGCUGCACCUCUCCCAGGCAUCGUCGGCCUUUCCUCCGAUCAAAAUACUUCUACGCAUUCAUAUUCCAGCAAUAUCCCACUGAAACGUCUUCUUCCCCCAGCGCCCCUGGCUCUUGAAAAUACUCUCAUCGCCAUAACCCACGCCCCGACUACCGCCUCGCCUGCUGCUGUUCGGGAUGCCAGCAUCAAUGGAUUCCUCUAUGUCGCUAACGUGGACGCCGAGAAAGGAAAGAUCUUAUUGCUGUCACCUAUUCGGGGAACGAUACCUUCGCAAGCGAUGAUCUGGGCUAAGCGUUGGCCUGACGAGGUUGUAGGUCUGGUGGGUUGA